AUCCUUUCUUCAUCUCUUCUGCACCGUUUCUCAUCCCCCCACUCUUUUCUGCAGCAAAGUCGGCAACUCUGUAAUAUCCGCCUUUGCAUCUUUUUCUUUGCGCUCAGCUCUUCGCUUUUUUUUAGGUCGUACUCUGUACACGUACUCGUUCGCGAGUUGCAAGGCCCUGGACAGCAUCGCUUGGCUGUGCUCCAGCUGUAGGCGGAAGGCCCCCCUGGUCGCCAGAGUACGCUCGUGGAGUCUGUAGUGACACGACCAGAAAGUCCGCUUAGGAAAUCACUUUUCCAUCAUAUUCGAGAGGCCACGACCCUGCAGGUUGCUGAUAUACCUCUCUUAAGCAUCAUCGCCACCUUAGCUGCGCUGGAUCUCUCCCAGUAGUAACAGCUUAUUGGGAAAGUGGUACUAUCCGGUCGCGUUUACCAUAUACUUGAGAAGCGAUAGUAUUAACAGAAAACUGUUGCGUGUAUCCUGUUCUUCCCGUACUGGAUUCGAGUCAACACCACAAAAUCUCGUCCACCAUGUCGUCUGCUGUAGCAGAACUGGAUAACUACCUCCAGUCUAUGCUGGCACUCAAGCCCCCGGGUGUUUCAGGCUCUAAGAUUAACAGUAUUACGUCGCUUUGCACGGCAAACGUUCAGAAUGAAUCCGUUCUCAUCCAGAAGAUCUAUACACACUUCAAGAAGGCACCAGGAACACACAAAUUGGGCGUACUCUAUGUCGUAGACUCUGUAACUCGACAGUGGGUAGAAGCAGCGCGCAAGGCAGGGCAGCCAUCCGGUAGUGCUGCUCCCGAUGGUACUUUCGCCGCUGGUGUCAACAGAGUGACCGAAUUGCUACCCGUCCUCAUGACGGACAUCAUAAACAACGCUCCUGAAGAUCAAAAGGAAAAAAUCAAGAAACUGGUCGACAUCUGGGAACGGGGCUAUACUUUCCCUGCUCCCAUGCUUGCCUCGUUCAAAGAGAAGUUAAACGCACCCCCAUCACAAAAUGUUGAAUCCACCACCCCGGAAGGCUCGCCAGCACCCAACUACAUUCCGCUGGGAGGUCAGCAACAGCCGCUUAACGGCGCCUCUUCGGCCCCCUCUGCUCAACAGGCGCCGGACACCUCCAGUAUUCUAAAGGCUCUGGCCGACAUGGCCAAGCAGAACACAACAGCCCCGGCAGCACCGGCCGUGGCGGCACAGACUAACCCUCUAAGUGCUCUGACCCAGCAAAGUACGGUUCCGCAGCCCGCGUCAUCAUCCGUAGACCAGGCUUCACAGCCCCCGAAUGGACAGGCUGGUGUAAACCCGUAUGCUGCUGCAAGCAUGGCGACCCCGUUCGCGGGAUUGAGUAGUGUUGCUCAGAACCCGGCAUUGGUCCCGCCGCCGCAGACCCAGAGUCAGAGCCACACUCCCAACCCGUUGGCAGCAGCGCAAAACCCACUGGCCGCGCUACUGCCGCAGGCGACUGCAGCUCCGGCUCAGCCGACUGCCCCGAUCGGGCCUGAUGCUCUGCAGCAGCAGCUCCAGCUCCUGCAAUUGCUGGCUGCCCAAGGCAUUCCUCAAGAGCAGUGGGCCACUGCCCUGCAGAUUCUCAGCCUGUCCAAUGCUGCCAAUAUGGGUGGGAUGACCGCCGGCCAGGCUCCGCCGUUCAACCUGCCCGGUCAGCCCGUCGCCAACGCUUGGGGCGCUCGGCCCGACUCCCAGUCACGUGAAUUCGACCGGGACCGGGAGCGUGAUCGCGACUACAUGCGUUCCCCUCCUGGCCAGUACCGCCGCCGUUCUCGUUCUCCCGGUUGGGACAGGCGCCGUGAGGCCUCUCCUCCUCGUCGUCGCGAUAGCCCUGUCUAUGGUGAGUAUCAUGGGGACUCCCCGGGACGUCGCGGUGGAGACCCGCGCGGUCGCCGAGGAAAUGAGUAUCGCCAGCGCAGCCCUCCCGGACGUCGUCGUCGCACUCCCUCCCCCCCUCGCAAGGAUCCUACCUUGCCUCCUCCGGGCCCCAAGUUUAUUGAGUGGGAUUACUCCAUUGGCCAAGGGAACAUUAAAGUCCUAAGUCGUACUCUUUUCGUUGGUGGUGUUACGUCCUCUGAGGCGCAUCUCCGCUCUCUCUUCAGCAAGUUUGGAAUUGUCCAGACGUGCAUUGUCAACAUUGACAAGCGUCAUGCUUUCAUUAAGAUGAUCAGCCGUCAGGAUGCGGUCAUGGCACGGGAUGGCAUGGAAUCCUACAAGUCCGGCGACAUGCAGCUCAGGACUCGAUGGGGUGUGGGAUUCGGUCCACGUGACUGCAGCGACUACCAAACAGGCAUCAGUGUGAUUCCGAUUGAAAGACUUACGGAGGCGGAUCGGAAAUGGAUGCUCACUGCGGAGUAUGGCGGCACUGGCGGAAGGCCUAUCGAGUCCGGAAUGGUCGUCGAGGAGCCCGACAUUGAGAUUGGCGCUGGUGUAUCCUCCAAAGCUAUCAGCAGAAGAAUUGCUACCGACACUGGCGGCAAGCGCGGACCUGUUUCUUCCCGCACGCAGCAGGACCGAUUCCGUCGUCCGGAACGCGAUGGACCUGCCAACGGGAUGGGCAUGGGCGGCUCGGUGGAGCGGGAUAUACCCAAUGCCAACAAUGUCGGUGUCCCGCCUGCCGUGCCUGGCUUCGGCUUUUCGUUCCCCGGUAUGCCCAUGUUCCCUCCCGGCUUUAUGAUGGGAGGAGCACAAGCUGGAUCCGGUGGUGCGGCACAGCCGCCUCCUCCAGGCCAAGGAAGCAAUUAGCUAUGAAGCGUACUAUUACAACGACACUUAGCCCCUGCUCUCCGUCAUCUCGUUCUUCCCUUGUUUUGAUACCAAUAUUUUCUCUUCGUCUCUUUCUUUCUUGUCUCUCUACCUUUCCCCUUUCUUUCUUUUUGCAACGUUCUCAUGUAAAUUUGUUUUUGCACACCCCCCCAAAAAAUAACCGGCGUUGGCGCUUUCGUAUUCAUUGUUUAGCGGAAGGCAUACGCUUCAUGAGUGGGCGUUUCUUAAGGCGGGUCAAGAGCACGGCAUCUUCCAUGUGGCUCCACAAUGCACCCCCUUCAUGUCUUUGUUCCUUCAGUUCGUCGCAUAAACAGACGUCUCAGCAAACAGCGCUUGUUGGAGAAGUGAGUGGACCGAAGUUCGCUGGCUCGAACACUUACCGAACCAUUCAGCGUCUCAGCUUGCUUCAUUUGUUUUGCUAUUACAUUUUGUUUUAUGUCUUCCCUAUCUUCCUGUAUUCGCAACCCGCUCAUCUCUCUAUGGGAAUUGGGUGGCCCCAAGUGAUGUGAUGUAUCACUCUCCUGCGUCUCUUCUGCCUUUUCCUUUCUUAGUCAAACGAAGAGCUAGUUGGACUGGCUGAUAAUUGCUUCUCGUGUUUCUCUUUUGCACCUGUGUUUCUUUUUUCCUAUCUUCGCUUCCUGUGCAUAAUUGACCUCCCACUUAUUUACUUGAAUUCAUAAGUUCCGAGA